AUGACUUUCCUAGAGGAUGGGAACCAUACUGCAGUGGCAGAGUUCAUUUUAUUGGGUUUAACAGAUGACCCAGUCCUUAGAGACAUCCUCUUCACCAUCAUCCUGUGCAUCUACCUGGUGACUGUGUCUGGGAACCUCAGCACCAUCCUUCUCAUCAGAGUCUCUUCCCAGCUCCACCGCCCCAUGUACUUUUUUCUCAGCCACUUGGCUUCUGUUGACAUAGGCAUUUCAACUUCUGUCACACCCAAUAUGCUUGUUAACUUCCUGGUAAAACAAAAUACCAUUUCCUACAUUGGAUGUGCUACACAGUUUGGCUCAGCUGCUUUCUUUGGGACAGUUGAAUGCUUCCUUCUGGCUUCCAUGGCUUAUGAUCGCUUUGUAGCAAUCUGCAACCCACUGCUUUAUUCCACCAAAAUGUCCACACGAGUCUGUAUCCAGUUAGUUGUAGGUUCUUAUAUACAGGGUUUUCUUAAUGCUUCUUUUUUCACUCUUUCCUUCUUUUCCUUGUUCUUCUGUGGACCACAUAGAAUCAAUCACUUUUACUGUGAUUUUGCUCCUUUGGUGGAAAUCUCCUGUUCUGAUGUCACUGUCUCUGUUGUUGUUAUCUCAAUUUCUGCUGGUUUUAUCACAAUGAUAACAGUGUUUGUUAUAGUCAUUUCCUAUUCCUAUAUUUUCAUCACUAUUAUGAAGAUGCACUCCACCGAAGGUCGACAGAAGGCCCUCUCCACAUGCACCUCCCACCUCACUGCAGUCACUCUGUACUAUGGAACUGCUAUUUUCAUCUAUGUAAUGCCCAAAUCCAGCUACUCAACAGACCAGAACAAGGUGUUGUCUGUAUUCUACACAGUGGUGAUCCCCAUGUUGAACCCCUUCAUCUACAGCCUCAGGAAUAAUGACAUUAAGGGUGCUCUGAAGAGAUAUCUUGGUAAGAAAAUAUUUUCUUAG